AUGUCGCUCAAAUACAACAAAGUUCUCGUCGUCGGCGCUACCUCAGGAAUCGGAUACGCCCUAGCAGCAAAGAUUGUUGCAGACGGAAAGCAGGUAGUGAUUGUUGGACGACGACAAGACAAACUUGAUGAAUUUGUCAAAAAGCACGGUAGCGACAAGGUCGACUCCGUGGUAUUCGACAUCACCAAGCUCGACCAGAUCCGAAAAUUCGUAACGGAUAUCACGAGCAAACACCCGGAUCUUGACUCUGUCUUUCUGAACUCCGGCGUUCAACGCGGCUUUGAUUUUUCCAAGCCGGAGACUGUUGAUCUGGAUGUUCUGGAAAUGGAGUUCAAGACGAAUUACUUGGCGUACAUGCAUUUGACAACCGCAUUCAUCCCCUUUCUCCAGAAACAAGAGAAACAGACUUCGCUCAUCUACACGACAAGUGGACUGGCUUUGUUGCCGAUGCCGCGCUGUCCCAAUUACUGCGCCAGUAAAGCCGCGCUGCACCACAUGAUCCUUGUGCUCCGCGACCAAUUGGCCAACGGACCUGGCAACAUCAAGGUUAUCGAAAUCUUCCCCCCAGCUGUGCAAACUGAGCUGCACGACGCCAAGCAUCAACCGGACAUUAAGAACGGAAGGCAAAUAGGGAUGCCCUUGGAUGAAUUCACAGAGGAGGCAUGGUCGAAGCUAGUCAAUGGCGACGAGCAGAUUCCCGUGGGAUUCGUAGUCAAAGCCUUUGAUAGUUUUGAGAACAAAAGACAGGAGAUGUACCGGAAUGUCAUGGCGAAGCUGGCCUAG